AUGGUCAUCAUCAUCAUCAAGUGUAGAGAGACUCUGGAGAGACCUAUAGAGACAGGUGUUCUUCAGAAGGGAUUACAAUAGAGCAACAUCCAUGUUACAAACUCCAGACUCUGCAGUUCUUAUGAUGAAGGAUGCCAUCCUUAUUAAUCACGUAUUACUACUAAUAACACUCACACCUGCAGCUUCUCACAGUCAGCAGUUACUCACUACUAACGACUAGGAUGGUAUUUAUUUCCAGUGAUACGGCAACUACUGUACUGAAGAGAGACUGUAACCAAAACAUCUAACAACAUGCUCUAUUUGUUUUCUGUUGUGAAUCAGAGCUGUGUUUUCCACAAGGCUAAAGAAAAUAUUUUAGACCAAAACACUACAGCCCUCUGAGAUCUAACCCAGUGGAUGAGUUUCAUUCUUUUAGGAUAACAUGGACAGAAAACAAACAACUGCUUUUAUCAAUUUGUAAGUCGCUCUGGAUAUGAGCGUCUGCUAAAUGACUUAAAUGUAAAUGUAAAUCCCUGCAUGCCCGCCUCCUCUAAUCCCUGUAAUUCUCCCUUCUAAACAUCCCCUAAUAAUGAUCUCAUUAAGGCGAGAAGAGGAGAGCAAGGAGAAGAGAGGAUAGGAUAGGAGAGAAUCGCACCUCCAGAUGUGACUGAGACCCUGAGAGAAAUGUGUUUAGUGAGAGACCCUUAGGACUGAAGCAUCUGUGGGGAAUCUUUAGCUCUGUGUGUGUGUGUUUCUCCAUCUGUAACACUGCCCCACUUCCACAGCCCAACAACACAUUAUCAAAACCCGCCACUGUCUCUGCCACAGUUCCAGGCCUAACACAUCAUCAAACCAAGACUGAAUAAUUCACCCUCCAUCUGCAGCGUGCGGCAUCAUCAAAGUGAAUGGAACAGUUUCCUGCCUGUCUUAGCCUCAGCCCCUCACACAGCAUCAUCAUAUCUGACAGCUACAGGGAAGAGGGCUGAACCAGGAAAUCAAUAAUAUAACCACUAUAUUGCCUUUCCUAACUACCGCCCAGUCAGAAUGGAUCAAAUGUCAAACGCACAAUGUGGCAUACUAACUGUGUAUGUGAAAUCGAGAUAAAGAGAGAGCUAGAGAGAGCAAGAGAGAAAGAGAUAAAGAGAGAGCAGAGAGAGAGCAAGAGAGAGAGCUAGAGAGAGAGCUAGAGAGAGAGCAAGAGAGAUAGAGAUAAAGAGAGAGCUAGAGAGAGCUAGAGAGAGAGCUAGAGAGAGAGCAAGAGAGAUAGAGAUCAAGAGAGAGCUAGAGAGAGAGCUAGAGAGAGCUAGAGAGAGAGCUAGAGAGAGAGCUAGAGAGAGCUAGAGAGCUAGAGAGAGAGCUAGAGAGAGAGCAAGAGAGAAAGAGAUAAAGAUAAAUAAAUAAAAUAGAGAGAUAGAGCUUUGCCCCAUAACCUGUACAGCUCUUAUAGUCAAUAAUACAGACACAGCAUAUGCUGUUCCUGCAUCUCAUAUGUGUGACCCCAUUUUCUAAAACUGGGGCAAAACAACACACACUGAUAUCAAUAAUAAAAUAAUAUCAAGAUCCCUUUCAUUUAUACAUGGCAUACAUAAGGAAGAGAAUCACAGGGAUUCUAAAACAGCAGAAUUAGGUAAAUUAGACCCUUUACACUGAGUCUUUCUGUAAUGAGAUGAGCAGUGGGAAUGAGCCCUUCAGGAUAUACACACUGAUAUCUUCACCCCUGAGUGUGUGUGUGUUUUCGUGUGUGUGUGUGUUUACGUGUCAUUUGUGUGUGUGUGUGUGUGUGUUUACGUGUCAUUUCUGUGUGUGUGUGUGUGUGUGUGUGUGUGUGUGUGUGUGUGUGUGUGUGUGUGUGUGUGUGUGUGUGUGUGUGUGUGUAGGGCAGCUGCUCCUCCAGUGUGUAUGAACAGCAGCGUAGGACGUCAGGCUUCAUCAUGGAACUCACUUGAGAGACAAGUGGACUCAGCGAACUCAGCCAUCUCUCUGUUAUCUGUAGUCCUCUCAUUAUCCUGCUCUACUCUACACUAAGGGUCUGAACCAGACCAGGCAGCACCUGAAUUGGCUCUGCAGGCUCACCUCUCCUCUCCUACAAAUAUCCUCAUAAUACCCAUCAUCACCAUCAUCCUCAGCAGCACUUGUGUUAUUUACAGCCUCUCCUCUCCUCUCUUCCACUCCCUUCCCACCUCCUCUCCUCUCCUCUCCUCUCCUCUCCUCUCCUCUCCUCUCCUCUCCUCUCCUCUCCUCUCCUCUCCUCUCCUCUCCUCUCCUCUCCUCUCCUCCACUCCCGUCUCCUCUCCUCUCCUCUCCUCUCCUCUCCUCUCCUCUCCUCUCCUCUCCUCUCCUCUCCUCUCCUCUCCUCUCCUCUCCUCUCCUCUCCUCUCCUCUCCUCUCCUCUCCUCUCCUCUCCUCUCCUCUCCUCUCCCUCUCCUCUCCUCUCCUCUCCUCUCCUCUCCUCUCCUCUCCCCCGUCCCCUCUCCUCUCCUCUCCACUGCAAAUGCCUCUCAAGAACAGCUGUCUAUGCUCUACAAAAACUGACACGGACACACCAUCUACAGAGUUGGUGCUGAAAUCACAGGCCAGGACCAUUUACAAUCUUUAUUCAGGUCUAUAGCUGGGAGCCUGGAACAGAAGCACCAGCCAUGUGAGAAACACAAGGUUUACUCAGGGUCAGAGAGGAGUGGUGAGACCCACAGAGAUCCUAUUCAAUUAAGUGAUAUGUAAUUCUAUGGCGUAAUUCUCUUGUGAGACCUCUGUCGGUCUGAGAGCUGUGAUCUCUUGGAUGUCACCAGCAGGUGGCAGCAGAUCACUCAUUGACAUCUUCCACUGAGUUCCUCACUAGUCAAAGGACCAAAGACAGCUAAGAGCCAUGUUCCAAACCAAACCCUGGCCCCUUCACACAGGUUCUUAUUAUAGAUCUAAAAGGAGUGGGUGUUUGGAAAAGCAAUGUAUUCCUGAUUCCUAUUCAAAAUCUUUUGAUUUGGAAUUGGGAAAAGAGUAGGCUAGUCAGGUGAAUCCAGUCAGUCAGUGUGGUUCAGUUCGUUGGUUCCACUGGUUUAUUCAGUGAAGUAUGAAUAUGGUUAUAUAAGUAGAUAAUAAUGUUGACAUCCCUCUGUUACAGAAUUGAUGGGAGUCUUUUAUACUGCAGUCAAAUAUGCCACUUUCUUUUUUCUCCCUGUUUUGGGGUCAUGUCAGAGCCUGCCAAGUUUAAUGGAAAACUAGGCCAAAUGUUCUACUAUAGGUUAGUAUAUGUAAUUCCCCAAACAUAUACGACUACACUUAAUGGAUAGACUACACUCAAUGGAUAGACUACAAUCAAUGGGUUAAAAUGACAAUCAACAUACAAUUAAAGAUAGUCCAUGACACAAUGCUGAAUAUUUACAUUCACUUAUCUGAAGAUGCUUACAAUUACAAUUCACUGAACCUCGAGGCCAAGUCUUGAGGUUUUAUACUGGGUAUCUGUAACGCACGUUGUGACAAUUGUUGAUGUAAAACGGGAUUUAUUAAAUUAAAUAAAUGUGGCAGCUACACUCAUCAUACCUCUACUUCGAGCCGCGUGUAUGAGUUCCAUGGGCAUCUGCGCGCAGAGUCCCAUCCCUCCUCUCCCUCCAUAGUCCAUACAGUACCGUUCAAAACUUUCCUCCAAUCAGUUUAGCUUCUAAUAACUUGGUCAAGUGGAGUUUUGUCGGGUAUGUAUAUUAUCACUUUCACUCGGGUUUGGUUUGGCAUAGUACGAGGUGUUGGUCCUAGUGGCUCGGUAAUGUCUUUAUGCAAACAGCUCCUUUCACCGACAGCAUGCCUAUUGUCACAGUCAUGGUUUAUAUGGAGGCAGCGGUGGACGUGAGGAUUACAUCCGUUUGAGGAGCACUGAUCCAGGCUGUGUUUCUCUCUGAGCCCCUGCCAGCCCAGCCAUGAGUUGUCUGGAUGUGAUGUUUUACCAGAGUUAUGGAGCUCACUACCUCCCUGCGUCUUCAGCAGCAGCGGCAGCAGCGUACAAAGCGGCAUACUACCAUCAUCAUCAGCACCAGCAGCAGCACCAGCAGCAGGUGGGUGUCCAGACUAGACGUACACACUGCUCUGAAAUAGUUUGUUGACGGCGUAAUAUUUGUUUGUUUUUUAAAUACUAGACUAUUUUAGUGUUCCCAUAAUUCGCACGGUGCUUUAGGCACGAAUACACUCCGUGCUGAAUGUUUUGGCACGUCGCAGAUGUCAGUUCACAGCGAAGAGUACUGACUCCUGAGUAACACAAAACUCAUAAAGUUACCAUUUGAAAAAUUGAAGCGUUUCUCGCCGUGUAUUUAGAGAAGGUCAUGCAGAAUGACUCGGAUUAUUAAUCUCCUCGUUCCGUCAGAAGGGUGAUGUAGGCUAAUGACAACUCGUCACUGUCUCUCAGGAAUGUUGUUGAUAAUGGUUAUUUUGGAACGGCCACGAGCAUUUGCAUAGUCGACAUACUUUCACCAGAACACACACUGAGAAACAUCCUACAACUUCUUGAAUAAACUUCGGUCUCACUCCUACAACUUAUUGAAUAAACUUCGGUCUGUAACUUUGCCCAUUCUUCAACUUCGUUUUCCUUUAAAAUGGAGGUCAUAGAGAAUUGAAGUUUGUAACGGAUAGUAUGACUUUGAACAACGGCAUUGAUGUAGGCUAUUUUGCUCAGUGUAUGUGGCAUACACGUUUAAUCAUGUGGUUUGACCGUUGUGGCGCAAAAUAGACAGACAGACUGGUGCUCUCAUGGCUGAACCUUUGAGAUGCAUUUUUCGUACUUUAACCUUCUCUCUCUCUCUUUUUCUCCCUCUCUCUCUUUCUCUCUCUGUAGAAGAACCUGGGUGUGUACAGUAGGAUGCAGCAGGACAGCGUGGAGCAGCAGUGUCCAGGGGGGAGACAGCAACAGCAGCGUGGGGGAGGAGGGGGGAGACUAGCUGGGGAGAAAUGGGUCCAACGGGGCCUGGAGGGUUCUGGGCUGGGGGGCUGUGGGGGUAAUGGGAAGGACAGCCAGCCAGCUGAGGCAGAGUACCUGAGCUCCAGGUGUGUCCUGUUCACCUAUUUCCAUGGUGACAUUGGGGAUGUGGUGGAUGAACAUUUCUCUAGGGCUCUGAGCCAAACCAGUGCCUUCACUGGAGAGACUAAGAGCUCCAGGAGCACUCCCAUACACACCUCUGCCUCGGCUGGAUUGUGGAAAGGUAGGAACACACAGGGACUUUCAUAUAAUUACUCAUAGUUUGAAUUAUGUCAAUUCUGAAAACAGUCUUAUUCAUAUAGGUAUAUUAUCUUUCACUGUAACAAAUUGCUGUACAUUUACAGAAAAACAUUUACAGUUAGCUACUGUAAUUCUAUGUUACAGUACAGUACUAUAAAGAGCAAUGCAAUUUUACAAUGAAAUACUGUAUUACCUGUUCUGCAGUAAUUUACUGUAAUUCAGUACCACCCCCACAGAAUACAGUACCAUAUUGUAAUUUUUGAGCGCCAAAAACCUUUUGUUGGUGCAUGGUGAUGUUGUGGCUCAUUAACACAUUUUGAGGUGUGCCUUGUGAGAGGCUAUACUUGUUGUACCUGUUAGUGAAAGUGCUGUACCAAUUUAAGUGAUAUGUGCUAGUAGUUUCCUAACAAUUAAAUGUAUAUAGGGGAAAAAUCAGAGAGGCAGCAAGUCUCAAACCUUUAAUGGUUGAGUGUUUAGCCAUGCCCUUUUGAUCUGUUUCACCUUGUAGUCACUGCCAGUUUAGAAGCCUUUGUUAAGGCCUUUACAAGUGCAAGUGAUAUAAAACACCAAAUAUUUAUUGGUAUGCUGUAAUAUACAAAUACCUAGCAGUCAACCUGCUUGCACUAAUCCCAUGUAAUUACUAGUUUACGUUUGAUACUGGAGCUCCGAGGCAUGCGUCGAAAUGGCUAAGCAGUAUACUUCGAAGCAGUGUGCCGAUGCGUGUAUCACUUUAUCAGAAGUACGUCAUCAAUGACGUCCGACGCUUCGUUCGAUCACAUGCUUUUUCAAACCGUGUGUUGCAAAAUGCGAGAUCCCACUGAUUUCACAGUGUUUCCGGUGCUUUCUUAGAUUAAGCUGCUUUCAAACUCUGACCUCUACUGGAUACAGUACUUAUACAUCUAGUUAGGAUUUUGUACAUGUAAUUACACCUGACCGGUAGCUUAGCAGGUAGAGUAGGCACACUAUUUAGAAAAUAGUUUUAUGUGAAACCACACCUUCUGCACUGUUGUUCAAAUAAUUUGUUUUAUUUAGUAUAGUAUAAGCUGUCUUAAGCAUCCUAAAUAAUGCCAGAGAUUCUGUUUUAGAAAAAUAGUAAACUUGAAGGCAAAAAAGGGAAGCAUGAUGUGAACCUGGUAAGCCAACGACUUACCGCUGUGCCACAGAAUUUUGAUAAAAUUAGUAGAGGGAAAAAAACCUAUCUGAUAAUCACACGUUGCUAUUUAUUGCUGACCACCAGAUGUCACUAUUGUGCAUUGUGAACAGAUAAUAAAGCUCAGAGUAAUGAACCUAUUUUUGACACAAUCGGCUGGAAAGCCUCAACGCUUCAGGAAGCUUUGUUUCCCCAUCACUAUUAAUUACAGUAAAAUACUGUAAAAUACCAACAUGAUUACAGUAGCAUUUCCUUUCUUACAGUAUAGUAGGCUAAUUUGACAGUAUUGUAUUGCGUCAUUGCUCUGCAUUUUCCUUUAAGUCACAGUAAACUGGUGGCACGUUACUGUGAAAAUUAGAUUAACGCACUUUGCACUAGCCAAAGAUGGGUGAAGUUAUCUUGUUACAAAUACACAAUAUUUUGAACACCAAAGUAUCCUUAACUACAACUACAUUCCCAGUAAUGGUUACAUAAACGUUUUACUUGCUAUUACUGUGAUACAGUUGCUUGCGAAAGUAUUCACCCCCCUUGAAAUUUUUCCUAUUUUGUUGCCUUACAACCUGGAAUUAAAAUGGGGGUUUGUAUCAUAUGAUUUACACAACAUGCCUACCACUUUGAAGAUGCAAAAAAAUUAAUAAUUGUGAAACAAACAAGAAAUAAGGCAAAAAUAACAGAAAACUUGAGCGUGCAAACUUUUCAGCCCCCCAAAGUUAAUACUUUGUAGAGCAACCUUUUGCAGAAAUUACAGCUGCAAGUCUCUUGGGGUAUGUCUCCAUAAGCUUGGCACAUCAAGCCACUGGGAUUUUUGCCCAUUCUUCAAGGCAAAACUGCUCCAGCUCCUUCAAGUUGGAUGGGUUCCGCUGGUGUACAGCAAUCUUUAAGUCAUACCACAGAUUCUCUAUUGGAUUGAGGUCUGGGCUUUGACUAGGCCAUUCCAAGACAUUUAAAUGUUUCCCCUAAAACCACUCAAGUGUUGCUUUAGCAGUAUGCUUAGUGUCAUUGUCCUGCUGUAAGGUGAACCUCCGUCCCAGUCUCAAAUCUCUGGAAGACUGAAACAGGUUUCCCUCAAGAAUUUCCCUGUAUUUAGCGCCAUCCAUCAUUCUUUCAAUUCUGACCAGUUUCCCAGUCCCUGCCGAUGAAAAACAUCCCCACAGCAUGAUGCUGCCACCACCAUGCUUCACUGUGGGGAUGGUGUUCUCGGGGUGAUGAGAGGUGUUGGGUUUGCGCCAGACAUAUCGUUUUCCUUGAUGGCCAAAAAGCUCAAUUUUAGUCUAAUCUGACCAGAGUACCUUCUUCCAUAUGUUUGUGGGGUCUCCCACAUGGCUUUUGGUGAACACCAAACGUGUUUGCUUAUUUUUUUCUUGAAGCAAUGGCUUUUCACUCUUCCGUAAAGCCCAGCUCUGUGGAGUGUACGGCUUAAAGUGGUCCUAUGGACAGAUACUCCAAUCUCCGCUGUGGAGCUUUGCAGCUCCUUCAGGGUUAUCUUUGGUCUCUUUGUUGCCUCUCUGAUUAAUGCCCUCCUUGCCUGGUUCGUGAGUUAUGGUGGGCGGCCCUCUCUUGGCAGAUUUGUUGUGGUGCCAUAUUCUUUCCAUUUUUUAAUAAUGGAUUUAAUGGUGCUCCGUGGGAUGUUCAAAGUUUCGGAUAUUUUUUUAUAUCCCAACCCUGAUCUGUACUUCUCCACAACUUUGUCCCUGACCUGUUUGGAGAGCUCCUUGGUCUUCAUGGUGCCGCUUGCAGACUCUGGGGCCUUUCAGAACAGGUGUAUAUAUACUGAGAUCAUGUGACAGAUCAUGUGACAAUUAGAUUGCACACAGGUGGACUUUAUUUAACUAAUUAUGUGACUUCUGAAGGUAAUUGGUUACACCAGAUCUUAUUUAGGGGCUUCAUAGCAAAGGGGGUGAACACAUAUGCACGCACCACUUUUGAGUAAUUUAUUUUUUUGAAUUUUUUGAAACAACUUAUUUUUUUCAUUUCACUUCACCAAUUUGGACUAUUUUGUGUAUGUCCAUUACAUGGAAUCCAAAUAAAAAUCAAUUUAAAUUACAGGUUGUAAUGCAACAAAAUAGGAAAAACGCCAAGGGGGAUGAAUACUUUUGCAAGGCAUUGUAUGUGUUUUUUUUAUCAACGUUAAAUGAAUGCACAUACUGUAAGUCGCUCUGGACAAGAGCAUCUGCUAAAUGACCAAAAUGUAAAUGUCAAAAUGUACAUUUGCAAAGCACACUGCUGGGUAUUAUUCUAAUAAAAUGUGGCCUUGUUUGGGGGCGGAUGUCAUUAGAAUAAUACCGAGCAGUGUGCUUAGCAAGUGUUAAUUUUCACAUUUACAUUUUGGUCAUCUAGCAGACGCUCUUAUCAAGAGCGACUUACAGUCAGUGUAUUAAAACUAAGGUAAACAAGAAUAUACCACAGUCAUAGCAAGUAAAGAGAUUAUGUUAGCGUUACUGAGAAUGUUAAGUGGGCUACUUGCAAGUAUAUAUUUGUAUUAGAAAAUACAAAAUACAUGUAUUCUAAUUAAACUGUUACAAAAUAGGAUACAUCAAUUGUAGUUCAGGCCAGUGAAAUACAAAUGACAAAAUAGGUAUUGAAAGUGUUUAAAUAUCUAUAUCAAACACAUGUAAUAGAAAUACUGCCUGUCGUUGGCACUAGCUACCUGCACUGUAAGUCUGCAACAGUUUACUAACCACUGUGCUUCCAGUAAUGCCCUGUAAAUUAUAGAAAUACAGCAUGUUACUAUAGUCAGGUGUUCCAGUAAUAUGCUGUAAAUUUGUUACAGUAAAGGUCCUGUAAAUCUACAGUAAUUUACUGGCUUCUGUGCUGCCAGUAAUUUACUUUAAAUUUACAGUAACCUACUGGCUACUGUGCUGACAGUAAUUUACAGGAAUUUUUUUUUCAUUGUACUGUUACUUUUUAUCUAGAAUGAAUCAAAUGUCAUGGUAGAAACUUGUGUCUCUAACAACCUUUUCUGAUAAAAAUGGUCCCUCCCUCCCUCCCUCUCACAGACAGUGUAUCUCUCUCGGAGGCCCAGUGUGGUUCACUGUCUUCCUCUCUGUGGGAUGGAGGUUACCCGUCCCAGACCAGCCCCUGUCUCUCCAUCCACCCAGACUUCUCCCCCAGCCCAGCAGCCUUCCAUGCCCCAGACUGUGCUCUGUGGACGGGCCACGCUCUGCCCCAGCCCAGCCUCCCUCCUCCAGCCUCUCUCCCGGACCCCUGGGCCUACAGCCUCAACCCUCAGACCUCUGCCAGCUACACACACGCCCACAAUGUCUACACACACACUCACCCUCACACACACAUGCACCCCCGCCACACCUACCCAGUAUUACAUUCCCACCUGUCCCAUGGCCCAGGCCUAGACCCCAGGUUCAGCCCUCUGCUCCUGCCUGGUGUGAAGACUCAGAGCCCCCUAGCCCACAGCCCUGCUGGACACAGCACACAGAGUGCCACACACAGCAGCCAGAGCCCAGGGAUACACAGGGAUGUGAAGAUAGAG